AUGGCCAAGUCCCAGCCUUUGCCCCUGCUGCUCGACCGAGGAGUAACUGCUGGCCCCGUGGGGAACCAGCUGGUGGAUAAGUCCCAGCGGGUCACAGGGCGCUUUGCUAGAGGGAUCAUCGGGGAACAGGAAGCUGUGCUCCACUCCAAACCCUACAUGGCUUUUCUGAAGAUGAAAAGAUGCUUUGGACCCAUGCAUACCUGCAGCGGGUUCCUGAUCCGGGGGGAUGUGGUGGUGAUGGCAGCUCACUGUAGAGUGAAGUGGAGCAAAGGCAUCGUGGUGCUGGGGGCCCACAACAUUCGGAAGAGAGAACCAAGGAGGCAGAAAAUUAGAGUGAAGCACUGGAUCCGCCACCACGAAUAUAAUAAAAUGACUGAAAGCAAUGACAUCAUACUGCUGCAAGUACAACCCCCAUCCCAUCACCCCGCCCUGAGUGACCUCACACUGCUGCAGGCACUGCCUCAUCCCAUCACCCCAUCCACAGUGACCUCACACUGCUCCAGUCUCUUUACAUCUCCCUUGCAUCCAACUCUCUUGUCCCUCCCACGGCAGCUGAGAAACAAGGCUGAACUCAAUGACUGGGUGCAGCCCAUCAGUCUGCCCCACCCCUGGCCGGAGGUACCUGUGGGCACCGAGUGCAACGUGUCUGGGUGGGGCCGGAUUCAAGUUAAUUCCUCUAAGAGGUCGGACGUGCUGCAGGAUGUGGUUCUGGUGGUGAUGGCCGACGAGGUGUGUGAACACAAUUUGACUAAACAAUAUGACGCUGUGUCCAUGCUCUGUGCGGGGGAUCCUGAACGCAAGAAAUCCACUCUGAAGGGUGAUUCGGGGGGCCCGCUGGUGCGUGUUGGGGUGCCCCAGGGCAUCGUCUCAUGGGGGCCGAUCAACGGGGCCUUUCCUGAAGUGUAUGCAAGAGUCUCCUGGUUCGUCCACUGGAUACAGACAGUGAUGAAAGAGCUGAAGCCCCCAGAUGCUCCUGGAGUCUCAUCUCAAGCCUGAUCUGCCCAACUCCCAUUGGUCCUGAGGCUGAGCUCAGGAUUCUCUCACCGGGGAUGGGGUUGGAAAAUGUAACUCUCCAGACCUGGGAGCCUUUCACAGCCGCUUCGCCCUGCGGCAGAUAUCACCAUGUCCCUUGGUCGGUCCUCUGCUGGGACUGAACUGGAUCGCUCAGCAUCAAACACGUGUGCCUCCUCCUAAUGGACCAGAUUGAUUAGUUCAAAAGCUGGAGGCUGGAGGCAGGUGGGAAUGUUCCACCCCAAUCAUUUUUCAACAGAAAAUGCUGUUGCCACAAAACUGAAACUUUUCUCAGGGAAAUAUCCAUUUUUUUGCCAUCUUCCCCCUACCCCCAGUUUUCCACCAGGAAAGACUCAGUGAAAUAGCUUAUUUUGGCUUCAGUCAACUCAAAACAAAACAUUUUGGGGGAGUCAAAUUGGACUGUUUCAUUUGGUGCCAGUUCAGCAGUGAUCUGUGUCCCUGGUGUGUCCGCGGUGCCCUCCCUUUACAAAUUUGCACCUUAUUCCCAGUCAGUGGUCCCCAACCUUUCCGUAUGGCGGGCGCUGGACCAAGGACCGUGGCAGCAGUGGAGCAUCUGCUGAAAUGCCGCCGAAUUUCGGCAGCAUUUCGGCGGCGACACCUCUCGAUGACGUCACUUGUCAGUGGCAAGUGGCGUCAUCGAGAGGCGUC